GUACUACCUACACUUAAUAAACAAUUAAUUUAAAUAAACAGUUUUAAAAAUGACUCGACACGCUCGAAAUUGUACAGCAGGUGCUGUGUAUACAUAUCAUGAAAAGAAAAAGGACGCUGCUGCUUCUGGCUACGGUACUCAAAGUGAACGUGUCGGAAAAGACUCCAUAAAAAAUUUUGAUUGCUGCAGCCUAACAUUACAGCCUUGUAGAAACCCUGUGGUCACAAAAGAAGGCUACUUAUUCGAUAAGGAAGCUAUUUUAGAGUACAUCAUCAGUAAGAAGAACGCAUAUAACCGCUUAUUAAAGAAAUAUGAGAAACAAUUAAAAAAAGAUGAAGUUGAAAGAGCCGAGCUUGCGGUGGCUGAAAAAGAAGCGAAACUCAUUAAAUUCAUGAACAGGGAAAAAAAUAUUUCAUCUACUACACCAAGUACUUCAGCUAUAGAGGAAAAAACGAUAAAUUCAGUAUCAAAUAUAGCGAAUGGUAAAGAAAAACAGUUACCUAGUUUUUGGGUACCAUCCCAACUUCCCGAUGCAAAGAUUUCGAAAAUAGAAAAACCUGAUCCAACCGUUUACUGUCCGAUCAGCGGCAAACCAUUGAAGAUGAAGGAUUUAAUAGAAGUUAAGUGGACAUUGGUGAAUGAUCCAGAUGAUAAGAAGUCUUUAAUAGCCAAAGAAAACCGGUACAUGUGUCCAGUGACACAUGAUAUAUUAAGUAAUGCUGUGCCCUGCGCUGUUAUCAGAACUUCAGGACAUGUUGUGACAAUGGAAUGUGUUGAGAAAAUCAUAAAAAAAGAUUGGUUGCAUCCAUUAACUGGCGAGAAACUUAAAGAAAAAGAUAUAAUUCUACUGCAAAGAGGGGGCACUGGAUAUGCACUCACCAAUCAAAACCUAGAAGGGAAAAAUGAAAGGCCUGUUUUACAAGCGUAAUUAAAUAAAUAUCUGUAGAACAAAAAUAAUAUAUACAGUCAAAACUGUUUACUGCGACAUCGUUUAGAACAACAUGCCGGUUAUAAUAACCUAGA